CUAGGAAACUCCUAUUCUGGUCUGUUAGGGCAAACCAGCCGCGUCACGCCAUGGCGAUUGUACUCCGCUUCGUAGGACUACCGAGUAGUACUUAUGGCGUCGUCUGGAACUGUAAUCGUCAGCCUGAUCCAAAGUUCAAUUCAGUCUCCAGAGCACGGCAUUUGCCAAAGGGCCUACAGCUUCCACCUAUCUCCAAUCCCGUACUAGUGCUCGAACUCCCACAAUACACAAGUCUACAAAUACCGCGAUAGAAAUCUGUAUACCAAACGGCUAAAUCUGUAUACCAAGCGACAGCGUUUUUCAGGUAUCCUUAUUCAAUCCAGCCAUGGCUCAGCGCUCCCUUAGCGCCUUCGCCGAGAAGUACGAAGUCAGGGAGGAUUUGGGAAAGGGACAGUACGGCGUUGUCGCGGAAUGCGCGGAGCGGAUUUCCGGCAGGCGACUCGCCUGCAAGGUUGUCGCGGCGCGCAAACAAGCCCUGGAUGCAGCGGAGCGCGAAGUAGCGGCUCUUUCUCUGCUGAAGGGCUGCGAAAAUAUCGUUACUAUCGAGGAUGUUUAUAUUGGGGAGGGUGGGAAGGGGAUGGUGCUUGUAAUGGAGCUCGCAAGCGGCGGGGAUCUUCUAUCGCGGAUAGAGCAGAAGGGACGGAUUCCGGAGUACGAGGCGCGUGAGCUGUUCAAAGGAGUCGCCAUGGCUUUAAAGCAGUGCCACGCUAACGGGGUCAUUCAUCGCGACGUUAAGCCUGACAACGUCCUCUUAUUUCCCCCCAAAACCUCGCUUCUAAUGCGAGUCUCCUCCGAAGACUCACCCAGUCCUUCUCCCCGGUUAUCCCUAAGAGGGGACAACAUGGGACGCGGUUGCGGGUUCACCACCAAACUCGCGGAUUUCGGCAUUGCGAAGAUGCUUGCACCGGGGGAGAAGAUCGACGGCUAUGCAGGGAGCUUCCCAUACGAGGCUCCCGAGGUUUUGGCGGGAAAAUCGUACGACUUCUCUGCGGACAUAUGGAGCCUUGGAGUAACCCUGUACGCCAUGCUGUCGGGGAAGUGGCCGACUUUCGCGAACGGUCGCCGAUCGUUUGACGAAAGCAAGGAUUGGGACGCCCCCUGCUGGUGGAUCACCUCAAGCCGAGCGAAGGAUCUCAUCCGUUCAAUGCUCACGACAGAUCCGAAGAUCCGACCGUCCAUUGACGAGGUUCUGGCAAACCCUUGGGUCUGCGGCGCCUCUUCCUUGUUUUCUUCCUCCUCCACCUCUCCUAGAGGCGCCAUCAAGCCACCUGCUUUCAACCCUCCUGCUGCUGCUGCUGCUUGUGCCCUUGAGCCUGCUGCGUCCCCUAGGAGUGUGGUUGAUGAUCCCUCCUCCUCUGCCUUCAUGUUUCCUCUUGCGACGCUCACGAUCAAAACCACGUGCCGCACGGUCAAGACCUGCCGCAAGCUCGCGUCAGACGUGCUGAAGCGGAAGCAGUGGCGGCGCCACGGUGCAUGCUGCACAAACAAGCUCUCCCCGUGCAACAGCUCGCUUUCACGGCGCAGCAGCAAGUCCCAGAGGUCGUCCUUCUCAGGAGCUUCUGCGAGACUCAGUGCCCGUGUUGCUGACAUGGCAGUUGCUGCUGUGGCCGAGGUCGAUUCUCAUGGGACUGCUGCGAACGUGACAAAACCAUGACCAGCUCUAUGUAUUGGACUGUAAGGGAGAAAUAGCCAUCGCACCGUAACACAUUGUAGAGCCGCCUCAAGAACACCUCUGAGGUAGUGAUGUUUUUGGGUGUUCUUCAGGCGCCUUUAUAAGAGAGUGAUAUAAGAUAAAUAGUACUGUACUGGUAUCCCUUAUCUAUUA